UCACUUCAUCUCACCACCCACCCACAACAAGAGAAGUGCAGGAGCACACAAGCAGCAGCUAGCUACCAGCUCUCUUCUCAACGUAGUGCAAAGCAUACAUCCAUCAAUGGCGACCUCCAUGGUUUGCCUGGUUGCGCUCUGCCUCCUGUCUCCGUUGCUCCUCGCCGGCGCCGUGGUCGGCAACCCGGGUUACGGCGGCCUGUUCCCGCAGUUCUACGACCACUCGUGCCCCAAGGCCAAAGAGAUGGUGCACUCCAUCGUGGCGCAGGCCGUGGCCAGGGAGACCAGGAUGGCCGCCUCCCUCGUCAGGCUGCAUUUCCAUGACUGCUUCGUCAAGGGCUGCGACGCGUCCGUGCUGCUGGACAACAGCACCAACAUCGUCAGCGAGAAAGGGUCCAACCCCAACAGAAACUCCAUCAGGGGGUUCGAGGUCGUCGACCAGAUCAAGGUGGCCCUCGAGACCGCCUGCCCCGGCACCGUCUCCUGCGCUGACAUCCUCGCCCUCGCAGCCCGCGAUUCCACCAUCCUCGUAUGUUCGCCACCUUUCCUCUCCUCGCACAAGUCGACCAACCCAGCCAGCAUGUGUGACUCUUUGACCCUGAUCAAACUGCAGGUCGGUGGCCCGUACUGGGAGGUGCCGCUCGGGCGGAGGGACUCCCUGGGCGCGAGCAUCCAGGGCUCCAACAACGACAUCCCGGCACCCAACAACACCCUCCCUACCAUCAUCACCAAGUUCAAGCGCCUGGGCCUCAACGUCGUGGACGUCGUCGCGCUCUCGGGCGGCCACACCAUCGGCCUGUGCCGCUGCACCAGCUUCCGGCAGAGGCUGUACAACCAGUCGGGCAACGGCCUCGCCGACAGCACGCUGGACGUGUCCUUCGCAGCGCACCUGAGGCAGGGCUGCCCCCGCUCCGGCGGCGACAACAACCUCUUCCCGCUCGACGCCGUCAGCUCCACCAAGUUCGACAACUUCUACUUCAAGAACAUCCUCGCCGGCAGGGGCCUCCUGAGCUCCGACGAGGUGCUGCUGACCAAGAGCGCCGAGACGGCGGCGCUGGUGAAGGCGUACGCCGACGACGUGCACCUCUUCUUCCAGCACUUUGCCCAGUCAAUGGUGAACAUGGGCAACAUCUCGCCGCUCACCGGGUCCAAGGGGGAGAUCAGGAAGAACUGCAGGAGGCUCAACAACUACCACUGAGUGUUUGGACUUGUGUGGUUGUAGACUUGUAGUCUGGGAGCCCCAGAUGGUGUUUUGUGACGAACGAACUCUAGAUUUCUGCAAGGGAUGCUAUGUAAGAGAAAGAGAGAAGUAUGUGGUACCAAUGAUGAAAUGACAAAUUGUUUUUUUUUACAUCA